AUGAUUUAUCGACAUCUUUCUCGAUUUAUUACUUCAAUUUCUUCUCAUGCACCGCUUCGUGGUUUAUCGACUACAUCUUUUUUGCGGCAUGCCUCAGUUACUGAUCAAGAGGUCGAUCCACGCUUAGUUGCUGAUAGGUUCGAAGAAGAAACUGACAUUGUGAUAGUUGGCGCAGGUCCUGCAGGCUUAUCAGCCGCCAUUCGUCUGAAGCAACUUGCAAGCCAUGAAGGAAAAGAGAUCAGGGUGGUUGUAAUUGAAAAAGCGGGUGAAAUAGGUGCACAUACACUUUCGGGUGCUGUUCUUGAGCCGCGAGCUCUUAAUGAACUUAUUCCUGACUGGAAAGACCGAAGUGCUCCCCUUAAUCAACCGGCCCUUAAAGAUUCUUUGCGAUUAUUAACUGAGAAAGGUUCUUACCCUCUUCCUCAUUUAUCUCAAAUGUCUAACAAGGGUAACUACAUAGUCAGCUUGAACAAUUUUGUGAAAUGGUUGGGUAAACAAGCUGAAGAUGCCGAAGUCGAAAUAUAUCCAGGCUUUGCCGCAAGUGAGGUUUUAUAUAACGAUGAUGGUAGUGUAUGUGGCAUUGCUACAAAUGACAUGGGCCUUGAUAAAAAUUUUAAGCCAAAAGAUACUUUUGAGCGCGGUAUGAACUUCAAAGCUAAAGUUACUCUUUUUGCCGAGGGAUGUCAUGGGUCACUUACCAAGACGUUGAUAAAAAAGUUCAAUCUUCGUGAAGGCCGACAACCUCAAACAUACGGGAUUGGCAUCAAAGAAGUAUGGGAAAUUGUUCCAGAAAAACACUUGCCUGGUUUUGUUUUUCAUUCAUUGGGUUAUCCAAUGGAUUCCAAAACGUACGGGGGUGGCUUCAUGUAUCACAUGGAGAAUAAUAUUGUGCAAUUAGGGUUUGUUAUUGCUUUGGAUUAUCAAAAUCCCUAUUUAAAUCCAUAUAAAGAAUUUCAGAAAUACAAGUUACAUCCGUAUAUUAAGAAAUUCCUAGAAGGAGGUAAAUGCAUUUCAUAUGGUGCACGAGCACUUAAUGAAGGUGGAUAUCAGUCGAUUCCUAAGUUGGUAUUCCCGGGCGGAGCUCUUAUUGGUUGCACUGCUGGAUUUAUAAAUGUUCCAAAAAUCAAAGGAACACACACAGCAAUGAAAUCUGGAAUGCUUGCCGCAGAAGCUGCAUAUGACGCUAUUACAUCUAACAAAUCCGCAUCUGGACCUAUAAACCUUACUACUUACGAAAAGUCCAUUGAAGAUUCCUGGGUAUAUAAAGAAUUAUAUCAAGUUAGAAACAUUAGACCGUCAUUCAAUAACCCAUUAGGAUUGUGGGGUUGUCUUUUAUAUUCUGGCCUUGAUAUGAUGUUUUUAAAAGGCCGUGUCCCAUGGACAUUCAAACACCAUUUAGAUUACGCUUCUCUGAAGCCUGCCAAGGAAUGUAAACCAAUAGAAUAUCCUAAACCAGAUGGUGUGAUAACAUUUGACCUUCUUGAGAGUGUUUCUCGAAGUGGAACAAAUCAUGCCGAAAAUCAGCCUGUACAUCUAAGAGUAAGGGAUAAAACAAUACCAGUUGAAAGAAAUUUGAAAAUAUUUGGUGGUCCGGAAUCAAGAUUUUGUCCAGCCGGUGUUUAUGAAUUUGUCGAUGAUGAAACUAAUCCGGGUGAAAAGCGCCUGCAAAUUAAUUCACAAAAUUGUGUGCAUUGUAAAACAUGCGACAUUAAAGACGUUUCUCAAAAUAUUGAUUGGGUCACACCUGAAGGUGGAAAUGGUCCAAAAUAUGUUCUUACCUAA